UUUUCGGUAAGCAGAGGGACUAGUCGGCACACAUUUGGGCUUUUGCAAGAAUAUUUGAGGAGGUUUUCGUGCCACAUAAAGCUGUUCUUAAACUUUUCAAACGGGGAACCUGGGCAUCUCGUGAUACCCAACUUUUUUCCUUCGUCUAACCAUCGCGCAGAGACCGGAGUGACAGUCGGACAGUCAUGCUGUAAAGUGUGCUCACGUGAAACUGUGUGGGACUUGAGUUUGCGGUCCGCGUGAGUGGGGACCAUGCAAGAACAACACGGGAGAGGACAGAAAAACCUGAUGCUGCUGCUUCUGUUCCUCGUCGUUGCCAUCCUCCCCUCAGAAGUGCACGCAGGUGGGAAGAAGCACAAUGUUCCCUGUGGUGGAAGAGACUGCAGCGGAGGCUGUAAAUGUUUCCCAGAGAAGGGUGCCAGGGGCCGUCCUGGUCCUCUUGGUCCACAGGGCCCACAGGGGCCACCUGGGCGAACAGGAGAGGAGGGCAUCCAAGGCCCAAAGGGGCAGAAAGGCGACCGUGGUCGCGAUGGAAACAUAGGUCCUAAAGGAAGCGUGGGAAUGACUGGCGUACCUGGCUUCUCUGGCAACAACGGUAUUCCUGGACACCCAGGACAAGCUGGGCCCAGAGGGAAGCCAGGUGCAGAUGGCUGUAACGGGACUCAUGGAGAUCCAGGUGCACCAGGAUUUCCCGGCUCUCAGGGCUCCCAAGGUUUUCCUGGACAACCAGGCAGGAAAGGAGAGAAGGGAGACAAUCUGGAGAUCAGUGUGUAUAUGCGGCGAUUCAGGGGUGAUCCCGGCACACCAGGAUUUGAUGGAACAUUUGGGUUUCCAGGAGAUCCAGGGUCAAGAGGUUACAGAGGCAUGCAAGGACCAAAGGGUCCCCCAGGUCCUCCAGGUCCCCCUGGACCAAAGGGUACGAUGACCAGAGUGAUUAAGGGAGUCAGAGGAGACCAAGGAGAAAUUGGACCCCCGGGGCCUCCAGGAAACGAUACACAUGAGCAAGUUCUGUACAAUGGAACUGAAUCUCAGGGUCCUCCUGGGGACAAAGGUGUAAAAGGAGAAAGAGGGGAGCCGGCAGACAACAAAGGAGAGCGUGGAAUAAAAGGAAUGCCUGGACCACGGGGUCCACCUGGUGCAAAUGGAAGACCUGGACUAAAGGGUGAUUACGGCGAAAGAGGACCAAGAGGCAGAGAUGGUCCUAAGGGUGUUAUGGGUGACCCAGGAGAGGUGAUUUCACAAGGACCUUUUUGGGAGUCAGCGGCCGGUCCUCCUGGCGAGAAAGGUUUACCUGGAGAGAGGGGUUCGAUUGGAGACCAAGGUUUUCCUGGUCUGCAAGGACGUCCUGCCUCUGACGAACAACAAGCCUUCGUUUUUUUCGGGCCAGAAGGUUUUGGUGGAGAUAAAGGAGACAAGGGCCAACAAGGUGAACCAGGACGCCCUGCUCUCAGUGCAGGACCACAAGGAGUCAAGGGGCGCAACGGGGAGAUGGGCCCUCCUGGACCAAAAGGGACAUGGGGAGAGUACCACAAGGGAGCCCGAGGUGAGGGAGGAAGGCCCGGGAACGCAGGCUCCAAAGGACCAAAAGGUGAUCAUGGAGAAUGUCAGUGCAACGUUGUAAAUGCUAUACCUGGUUUACCCGGCCGUCCUGGUGAUCCUGGCGAUCCUGGGAUGACUGGAGAGUUCGGUCAGGAAGGUGAUCCAGGAGAUCCAGGUCUCCAAGGAGACGAGGGGUUCACAGGAGUUCCUGGGCUCGAUGGUUUGCCAGGCCCAAGAGGUCGUAAGGGGGACACAAUUAUCGCCAAAGAGAAAGGACAUCAUGGUGACCCAGGAGAUUCAGGAAACGAUGGUGAGCCAGGAGCACCUGGGGCUCCAGGCACAAGAGGUCAGGCUGGUUUGCCUGGCAACCGAGGUUCUCCAGGAGAAGGACCCAGGGGAGAACGUGGAGACAAAGGUUUCCCAGGUAUUUCUGGUCGACCGGGUGCAGUAGGGCUGAGCGGAGAACCAGGUCUAAAUUUUGAGGGUGUCAAAGGUGUGCGUGGCUUACCUGGUGACGACGGUCUCGCUGGCUAUGAUGGAAGUCCAGGAACACCAGGCAGUCCAGGCGGCUGUAGUCUGACAGGAGGAGAAGGACAGGUGGAUGUAACAGGCCUUUGUGAUACAUUUGUAGGACCUCCUGGAUCACCUGGACUUCCAGGGCCUACUGGAUUACCAGGAGUUAAAGGUUUUCCUGGCCAAAAAGGACCACUGGGUGUCUAUGGAGUAAGGGGAACGAAAGGCGAAUUAGGAGAUCAAGGCAUUGGUGGCCGCCCUGGACCACCAGGUUUUACUGGCCCUCGUGGAGACUUGGGAAUCCCAGGCACAAAAGGUUCCGUAGGAGUCCCCGGCUUAUCCGGUAUGUCUGGUCGGCAUGGAACACAGGGUGAAAAGGGUGUUCAUGGAGAAAUCUUGAAUGCAAUGCCUGGACCACCCGGAGACCCAGGACUGCCUGGACUUCGAGGUAUUAAAGGGCCUUUGGGACAACAAGGAGAACCAGGUUAUCCAGGAAUGGGUGGCAUGCCUGGUAUGACUGGCUUCAAGGGUGAGGUUGGCCCUCAAGGGCUGCUGGGGGAGGAAGGAAAGCCUGGACCAGAUGGCAAUUUUGGCUAUCCUGGUGAUCCUGGGAGGACAGGUCCCCGGGGGCUACAUGGUGCAGUUGGACACCCAGGUUUAACUGGAGAGAGGGGAAAUGAAGGAGACCCAGGUCCUCCAGGACCUAUUGGCUUAAAAGGGAUCCCAGGGGAAUAUGGAAAUGAUGGCGUCGUCGGAGAGAGUGGUCCACCCGGUGAUCCAGGAUUUCCUGGUUUAAAUGGACGCCCUGGCGUUUCAGGAAUGAAGGGAUACAAAGGGUCACGUGGCAUGUCAGGCUUUGAGGGUCGUAGUGGUGAUCUCGGAUUGAAGGGCCACAGUGGACUGAAAGGAGAGACAGGACUGCAAGGCGAAGAAGGCCCAAAAGGAAUAAAAGGCCUAGGUGGAGAAAAAGGUGAUCGUGGUCUGACAGGACCUCCUGGGGAGAAACCAAAAAUUCCUCCACAGAUGCUUGUUGAAAUGAAAGGACUCAAGGGAGAGGAUGGACCUAUAGGAAAUCAAGGUUUCAUUGGGCCAAGAGGUUCUAAGGGUUUUCCCGGUGUGCCGGGGGAGGAGGGAACCCAUGGUUUCCCUGGGGACCCCAGCAAUGAGAAAGGAUAUCAAGGAGAUCCAGGUCCACAGGGGUUACCAGGAAUCAAAGGAAUGCCAGGGAUACCUGGAAACCGAGGAAUUACUGGUUUCGGGGGAAUGCCCGGUGUAAAGGGAACUAAAGGGAGUCCUGGUGCCUAUGGCUCAUCGGGUGAAAAAGGAAAGAAGGGAGACAAAGGUGAGAAAGGCCCUCGUAUAGAUCUUCCUGGAGUUCCUGGAUUGAGAGGAGAGGAAGGAUUUCCAGGAGAGCCAGGCCAGACAGGACUAACUGGAACGACUGGGGACAGAGGCAUACCUGGCUUUGAAGGUAUUAAAGGCAUGAAGGGAGAGGCAGGCAUUCUGGGAUUACCAGGAUUUCCAGGAUCAGAUGGGCAGAAGGGAACUUCUGGUAAUCAAGGUCAAAAGGGCCUUCCAGGGACUCCUGGGCAAGAGGGCCAACCAGGCAUUCCUGGCUUCCGGGGAGUCAAAGGUCUUCCUGGCCCAAAAGGUCUUGAUGGAUUAGAUGGAUUGAAAGGACAGAAGGGUUUCACUGGAACACCAGGGCCAAACAUCACUGGACCUGCUGGGGAGACGGGAAUUAAAGGACAGAAGGGAGACAGCGGUGACCCUAAUAACCAGCCAGGUCCUCCAGGUGCACUGGGUUUGAAAGGCUUCCAGGGACCUCAAGGUGAUCAAGGACAACCUGGCCCUGCAGGAUUCCGUGGCCCCCCAGGAUCAAAUGGGACCCCAGACAGAAAGGGACCUAGUGGGGACCCUGGCUUUGCUGGACCUAAAGGAUACCAAGGUUUCACUGGAAACAGAGGUUUUCCUGGUGUGGACGCUCCCCCAGGAGAGAAGGGUGUAACAGGAAUAAAUGGCUUUCCUGGAUUCCCAGGAAGGAAAGGAAUUAAAGGAGAUCAAGGUCCAAUUGGAUACAUAGGGUCAAAUGGUAUUUCUGGGAAGAAAGGAAUGAAAGGAGAGCAAGGAUUCAUGGGAUUACCUGGCAAGACUGGUGCAAAGGGAGGAAGAGGGCCAGUCGGUCCAAAAGGAAGCACUGGACUUCCAGGUCUUCCUGGGCCUCCAGGAAACCGGGGUCCUCCUCCAGUUUCCAUCAGAAUUCCAGGAGAGAGGGGACCUCCUGGACCACAGGGUAUCCAAGGACCCAAGGGGUAUAUAGGGGAUCCAGGUCCAAAAGGUCCUCCUGGAGAUCAAGGGUUCAUGGGACCCAUUGGACAAAAAGGAAUGCCAGGGAUCAGUGGUAGACCGGGAAUCCCUGGAUUGCGUGGCGAGGGUGGACAAAGUGGCCACCCUGGUCUACAGGGCAUGGAAGGUCGCCACGGUAACCCGGGAAUUUCCGGUUUACCUGGCAUGCCUGGCCGCAGCGUCAAUGUGGGUUACUUGCUGGUGAAACACAGUCAGUCCGAUCAGAUACCCAUGUGUCCCGUGGGUAUGGCUAAACUGUGGGAUGGCUACAGCUUGCUGUACUUCGAGGGCCAGGAAAAGGCCCACAACCAGGACCUUGGUUUGGCAGGCUCCUGCCUCUCAAAGUUCAGCACCAUGCCCUUCCUCUACUGCAAUCCAGGAGACAUUUGUUACUAUGCCAGCAGAAAUGACAAAUCCUACUGGCUGUCAACAACUGCCCCUAUUCCUAUGAUGCCUGUAGAGGAAGGCGACAUAAAACCAUACAUCAGCCGCUGCGCAGUGUGUGAAGCUCCAUCAGUUGCAAUAGCAGUGCACAGUCAGGACAACAUCAUCAUCCCACAGUGUCCUGUGGGCUGGCGCAGCUUGUGGAUUGGCUACUCCUUCCUCAUGCACACCGCAGCAGGAAACGAAGGCGGAGGUCAGUCCUUGUCGUCGCCCGGUUCGUGCCUGGAGGACUUCCGCACAACACCAUUCAUCGAGUGCAACGGGGCCAAAGGCACUUGCCACUACUUUGCUAACAAGCAGAGCUUCUGGCUGACCUCCAUAGAUCAGGGGUUCCACUCUAAGCCGUCAUCAGAGACGCUCAAAGCAGGCCAGCUCCUGUCACGCAUCAGCCGUUGCCAGGUCUGCAUGAAGAACUUGUGAAAGACUCAACAGCAGACUUCACAUUGACAGCAGUCUAAUACUAAAACCGAUCAGAUAACAGGGGAUCCAGAAAAUGUAGAUCACUGUCAAUGGGGAAACUGUUUCCCUGAGCCGCAGAGCUCAGAUAUGCAAUGACUGAUGAUUGUGAUGCCUCGAGCUUUGAGUUACACUGUAGAUAAAUAAGGAGAGGCCCCUCGGUGGGAACGGCAGUAUUGUGGAAAAAAAUCAUCAUCUUUGUGUUAAAUGUAGUUUGGUGCUUAAUUUUUUAACUUAUUACCUCAGUUACUAUGACACAUUGUUAACUAUCGGAGACCGUACACUACAGCUGAACCAAAGAUGAACAUAUGUAUGCAAUGCUUAGUUUAACUACAUGCUCUUAUUGUUUAGGAUUUAAAGCCCAACAUAAAGACACUAACACUGCUUUUCAGCCACAUGAAGGUGAGGAGGGUUUCAUCGGAGCUCAUGAACACAUGUUUGUAGAUACUUUUGAAAGGAUUAUCCUGCUUCUUUUCAGUUACUCUUACAAAGCAGAGUUUUAUAAAAUUACCAUGCACCGUUAGCUUGUUUUAUGCUUUUGUCAACUUCUGCAGAGCCACGUAACUUUUCCUGACGCGUUCGUACAAUGCACUGAUACCGUUUUUACCAUCUGAAUGAACUUGACCCCAUCCCUGCAAGGUUUUUAAAUGUCUAUCCAAUAUAAUACUACUUACAUCAUUUUCCUUUACACUUUUAGCCUCUGGAUUACGCCAUCAGGACAGAAUGUAAACACAGAGGUCUGACCAUAGCCGAUCCUUGCUCCUUUCACUGACCCUUUGUUAGAUAGGAGCGUUUUACAGAAUUUAGAAAAGAUUCUAUUUCAUCUACAUGCACUUCUUAAGAAAUAAACAGAUUAUUAGACCAGAAAAAUACUGACAACAUCUGAUAUAAUUGUAAUAUAAUUAUGGUGUUUUUAUAACAUGAUUAUUUCAUCGGAUCGGAAAGAUUAAAUGUUGUUUGUUACA